AUGGCAGAAAGGAAGCAAAAAUACCAUCUGUCAGAGCUUUUAGAUAAUGUGGAAAAGGCUCACAAAUCUGAGAUUCGGGUCUAUGUAUCAGGCCACCUAAACCAUAAUAAGCUCUUCAAGCCCACUAAACCUGCAAAAUACAACUAUUGGAAGAGUGCCAAAAAAGCCACCUUAUUGUCUGCCAAAAAGGAUGCCCUUGGAGGAUCCCAAGAAAUGUUGGAAAAAUUUAGCAGCAACAAAGCAGUUCCUCCAGUGCCCGUCCGUGCCAAAUCUGCUUCCCCAUUGGGUUAUCGGUCCCCAGUCCACCUGGCCAGGUUUAGAGCACCAGUAAGCGUGUCACUCAAUACAGCUGCUUUCAAACUACAAAAGAAGGAGGCUCCUGAGAAACCUGAAGAUGAAGCCAGCACAUUUCAAAAGCAGCUGAUACGAGAAGAGCUGGACAUUCCAGAAAUGAAAUUGUUGAAAUUCAGACGACUCAAGAACAGCAGGCUUUGCGUCACAAAGGAGUUUGAAGAUGAAUACCGGUUCUUACCUUCCUAUUUGGCUGGUGUGACUAAAAAGGACCAAUAUAACAAGUUCAUGCAAGUUCAGAAGGAGUACAUUGCCAAGCAGGAUUUGCUGGAGAAUGAUUUCAUUGGGAGCAAGUCAACAGAGCGCCAUGAAAAAAAGUUGGCUCAAGCACUUCGGAAUAUCUGUGACUGCAGACGUCCACAUUUCUACCGAUUACAGGCUAUUGGUCAAGUGUUUGAAGAUAUCUGUAAUAGUUCCUUGAUAUUUGGUGACAUAUUGAAGGAAGUGAAAAAUGAAUAUGAACUCUACAUGGUGAUCCUGUUGGAUUCUUUGCCUGCAAUGCAAUACGGAACCUUGCAAGAGCAAGUCAAAGGCAUGAAGAAAAGAAUGGUGAUGACUCAUGAAGUAGAAGAGAGCAGACAGACAAUACAGGACCUUGUGCAGAAAAGCAAACUGGCUUUAGCAAGAAAUGAAGAACUUAGAAAUAAAUUGGAAAUUGAACUUUGGAUGAGCCAGACCAACAAAAGAGCAGCAGAAAAGGAAGAAGAUGAUAAAGUACAGGUAGAAGCAACUUCUAUGGCCCAGGCUGAGCUGCUGACAUCUCUGAGGUGCCAAAUCAUUAUGAAAUGGGAGGAAAUUCAAGCAAUUGAGAAAGAAAUUAAAAACACAAUGACUUUCAGUGGCAUUAUAAAUAUUAAACAAAAGACUGUGAAAGAAUUAGAGGCAGAAGCAAGCAAACUCGAGGCCUCAAACAAGUUUCUAAAACUACAAAUAAGGGAGGCUGAAUAUAAUAUCAGAGCAGCACUAAGAAGGCAGAAGUUUAAUAAAACAUACCAGGGGCAUUUGUGGGAGUUAGUGAAGGACUUCUUGCAACCUCCUGGAGAAGAUAUUCUGCGAAGCACAUUUGGAUUAUUUUCUCAGACAUCCUUACAUCUUUGA